GUUCUUCCACUGCUAGUCUCUCACGUUUGCACAAUUCAAUAUCUUUUAUUGCACUGAUUCAUUUGUCCCAAUAAGAAUUAUUUUUAAUUGAUAUGUAUGUUUUAAUCAGUAUGUUUGGAAUUCGUCAUUAAGACUUGAGGCUGAUUCCUCGUUUUUUUUAUUCAAUUCAAUUUUUAAACACUUCUUAUAUUGUAAAAUCACGUAUUUUCUUUGAUAUGCUAAACGAUUUUAAUUGUAAUUCAAGGUACCUAGCCGUAACUCAACCACUGAUAUAUAGUCGGCGACGGCGGAGCAAAAGAUUGGCCGGCUUGAUGAUCGUUGCUGUAUGGGUGCUAGCUGGCGCUAUCACCAGCCCACCUCUGCUCGGAUGUUUCCCACGGGCAACGAACCGUGAUAGUAAAAAAUGCUCGUACAAUAUGGACUCCUCAUACGUAAUAUUUUCGGCGAUGGGUUCUUUUUUCCUACCGAUGCUGGUGAUGCUCUACGUUUACGGGAGGAUAUCUUGCGUGAUUGCCAGCCGGCACAGGAACCUCGAGGCCACCGAGAGUGAAAACAUUCACCCGCGUCGUAACGCUUUAAUGGAACGGGCGAAGAGCAUCAGGGUACGAAGAACGGAAUGCGUGACCAGCAGUGUGACCUGUGACAGGGCGUCCGAUGAGAUGGAACCGGCUACUACGAGCAAAAAGUCUGGGAUCCCCCGCAGCCAUCAACAAAGUUGCAUCAACAGAGUGGCGAGGGAGACAAAAACCGCGGGCACUUUGGCGGUGGUCGUAGGUGGAUUCGUGGCGUGUUGGCUCCCAUUCUUCAUUCUCUAUUUGGCAACCCCGUUCGUGCCCGUAGAGCCGCCAGAUAUUCUGAUGCCGGCGCUAACUUGGCUAGGAUGGAUUAAUUCGGCCAUAAAUCCGUUCAUAUAUGCCUUCUACUCAGCCGACUUUAGACUUGCGUUCUGGCGACUGACUUGCCGCAAAUGCUUCAAAAGUAGAACCAAUAUAGAUCGUGUCAACCGGAAAUUGCCAGCCCCGGCUAAUUGGAAGAAAGAUGCAACGAGGACGUGAAAAUCGGGACGAAGGAGGAACCGAUCUUGACACGAACAUCUAACAGGCUCGAAGGACGAUGGACACGUGGAUCACUUACACUGUAAUUUAUUUAAGAUCGCAGCUCACAUCGAUCACUUUCACCAACGAUUUCACGAACAUCAUUAUGUUUACUACAAACGAGUAAAUACGUAGUUAGAGGAUCUGUGAAGUGCAUAUUCAUUUAUUAUUUGAAACGUGUACAUUUCGAUCAAUAAACAUUGUGCGUACAAAUGCAAAAGAUGUUUAGGUACAUUUACUGGCUAUCAGAUGUUUUACAAUUUCCAUUAAUUUUCUUUGUCGAACAAUGCACAAGAGAAACAAAUUCAUUUUAAUACUCAGCGUAAAUCAUCUGAAUAAUACAUUUAUUCGCAUGCUUCUCCAAUGAUGUACAGAUCAUUUUAUUCGUCUAAGUAAUAGAGGAUGAAAAUAUAAGAAUAUUUAUUUGUUUCGACUGUAACAGUAUUGUAAAAUCCUUUACUAUAAUGAUACGUACGUGCAUACUGUAAGAAAUAAAUGAGAUUGGUGUCUACUUCCUAGGAUCUACCGACGACAAAGUAAAAAUAAUCGACCGUGCGUGAUAGUUCUCCUUUUGUCAUAAUUCCAAUGAGUUAUCUGUAGGCUGCGGAUUUUACGCGUUUACAAGAAGGAUUAUAAACUCUGUGUGUAAUGUACAAAACUAUUCAAACGCUGAAUGUAUGUUUCAACAUUUAAAUCAGGGAUGACGAACUGGUGAUACGCGAGUUAUUUACUAGAAAUUCAACGGCACAUAGUACAAGAGCAGCUUAUUUCACUCAUUCCUUCGACACUCGGUCUGAUUAAUACAUAUGUGACCGUCUCAGGAAAUAGCAGUACACCAGAGUCGGCAGCACAUAAAUGAAGGGAUGUUCCACCAGUCAGAUGCGCAAUUCUUCCGGCAUGUUUACAAAUUUGUCCUGUGUAUCGGAUUCCCGAGUAAUUGGGUCGGGUCGAAAAAAUUUGUACGGAUCCAGGCGGGUACCCGAGGCGCAUACGAAUGUUCGGGUAGCGCGAGACAUUCAAGCGACCCGGUUUCUUUCGACAACUCAUAUAUCCCGAUUGUAUCAAAUACUCCGAUUCAUUCGGAUAGUUAAAACUUAAGCGGAUUUGAGCGAGUUUCUACGAUAACGAGGUCUUAACUAAUUUUUUUUUUAACAGAGAUUUGCUAUUUAUUGUCAGAUAAAAUCGAUAGUGGAAGAGCGGUUUUUUUAUAUGGGAGAAAAAUCUGACUGGUAGUAGAGCGACAGCAGCUACCGACGGAGAUGUUCGUCAUCCCCGAUUUAAACGGUAGAAUAAACUAAAACACAUUUUCUAAACUGAUAUCACGAACGUUUCAUUCCGCAUAAAAAUUCGCAGUCUGGUUAUCUGUAUUUAACAAAUGCAUAGUUUAUCUGUAAAUGUAGAGAAAGUGUGCAAGUAUACGAAUUUUAUAAUUA